GGGGGCGUCAGGCUAUCAGUUCUAUUUUAGUGUUCGUAACUGUAUAGAGCUAUAGGAGUAUAAAGCUAAAGUUUUCGAGACGACAAAUCCCAAACUCGAUCUUCAUUGCUAUUUACAACUUCAAAAUGGUUUCUAUCUCCGCGCUUACUACUACAACUGAGUCUUCUGGUACGAUGUUUACCCGUGUGGCGGAUGUAAUAUCACACUGGAUUGAAGAGGAGGUUGAAUAUCUUGCCGAUGUGAAGGAUGUCAUCGUGCAUGCUUUCGAUGAUAUCGACCAGGAGGAAUUCUCACCCCGUGGCGCUAACUUUGACAUGUCGUUCGAAGAGAAUUCUGAACUGGAUGCCUAAAUGUGACACGCGGCAGCUCCAAUUCAUUUGAGCUUUACAGAGUCAUUUAGAAUUUUGGAGCAUUCAAAACCAUAUACAAAGGAGGAAGUGAGGCACGUCAUUGAUUCGGCAUGCGAAAACCGUUGUAUAUAAGGAAUCGAACAUAAGAAUAACAGCAAACGACAGUGCUCGAGCACUGCACAAUCUGAAAUCGAGGAGUUGAACCCAGGCAUGUUUCUAAGAUACUGUCGACUGCCAGGGGCUCACAUUGGGGUUACUUUAACAAGAAGUAUUUAUUUUUUUGCCUCACUGUCCUCUAAUAGACCAUAUUACAUUCGGCGCUGGCGCUGGUGCUCCGCAAUUUAUCGAUCGAUACAGACAGAGAGUAUAUGGUCGCUACAGCGUAGACGAUGAGGUCAAUACUAAGGCUUUAGGGCUGAGCAGUGUUUCGAUCUGGAUCCGUUCUGUACAAAAACUUGUAUGCCUAUUAUAUAGUAUAUACGAUGGUGACUGACCUACCCAUCUCAAUCAAUAAACCAAGUACCACU